AUGGCGUCCAAGUUGUGUGACUCCUGCAAAUUAGCCACCUCCGACCUCUUUUGCUGCCCUCACUCAGCGUUCCUUUGCUGUAACUGUGAUUCCACUACCCACGCCGCCAAUCACCUCGCAUCGCCUCACCCUCGUGUUUGCCUCUGUCAAGUCUGCGAGCAAGCGCCGGCUCACGUCACCUGCAAGGGCGACGCCGCUUCUCUCUGCGUCGCCUGCGACCAACACAUCCACUCAGCAAACCCCCUCGCCCGCCAGCAUGUGCGCCUUCCUAUUAUCCCCUUCUAUGACUCCGACAAUUCAGUCCCUGCAGUCAAGUCCAACUGUGCCGUCAACAACUUCCUAGACGAGCCGUACUUCUCGGCCGUCGAUGGAGACACUUACGUCAACCAGGAGGAAACGGAGGAGGCUUUUUGGCUGCUUCCUAAUACUAACCAUAAGGCUGUGGAGAGUCCUGACGUGUACACGGGGCAGUUUUUAUUCUCGGAGAUUGACCUCUAUUUGGAUCUGGAUUACGUGCCUUUGAAUCUAAAAAUCGGAACCCCGGAGCAGACCUGCUCUGGAACUGACGCAAUGGUCCCUACCCAAAGCAAAAGCGUCGAAGAUCCACCGGUUAACCAUCGAUGCGUCAACUCGGACUUCACCCGAUCCAAACCCUUCACUAAUUAUGGCUACAACCCUCACUCUCAUAGCCUCAGUGCAUCAUCAUCAUUGGAGGUUGGAGUGGUCCCAGAUGGAAGUGCGAUGAUGAGGGAGAUAUCAAAGCAGCAAGGGAGAAGGACGGAGUCAAUGCAUGAACUUGCAUCAGCUGAAAGAGAAGCGAGAGUUCUCAGGUACAAAGAGAAGAGAAAAAAGAGAAAAUUUGAGAAGACAAUCCGUUACGCCUCUAGAAAAUCUUACGCUGAAAUGCGGCCUAGGAUUAAAGGUAGGUUCGCCAAGCGCACUGACUUUGAACCCGAUCGCACUAACAUUUAUGGAUUCGGAGUGGUUCCCUCGUUUUAAUUACAUUAACCUCUCCACUCCGUUCUUUUAAAUGCUUUGCAAACUUUCCCUCUUUCUAUGUUCUAUUACGAGGGUUCUUUGGGGGCAGGACUUGGAGCUGCUUCAUAAAAAUAAAAAAGAAAUGUGGCUGUAUAUAAGAAGGUGAUGAUGAGUGGUGUAAAUUGUAUCCCCGACCAACGAUGGAGUUUUUAUGGUUUUGAACA